AUGAAUUUACCAUCUCGUUCUGAAAUAAUUCUUUCGAAAAUCAACAAAUUUUAUCAAAUAAAUGUAACCGAUUCUGAUGAAGUAGUAAAGUAUGCUCUUCAACAAUUACUUCAACAUUGGUCGGGAGUUCUUGAAGCUGCUGCUACUGCAUCGGACGAUGAACUAUUUUUUUUAAAUUGUAGUCGAGCUUUUUUAACUAAUGUAUUUACUGUUGCUUGGUCAAAAGAUCUUUUUAAAAAUGACCACUCAUUUACACGUCAAGUUCUUCGUACAUCUUUUGAUCUUCUUAUUAAUCAUAUUGAUAUAUAUACAAUGAAAACUACAACAUUUUUAAUAUCCAAUAUAAAUCUCAUCAUGGUAUUAGCAUCGGGUCUUAUCUCAAUAUUAUGGUGUUCUGAUAUUGAUCUUUUCAAUGACUAUGAAUAUCAAUUACUUCUUGCAAUGCGUAAAUAUGUUGAUCAAGAUUUUACGCAUGAUGAUUUAACUGAUGGAAUAAUUUCAUUCGUUUGGAAUCUUUCAGAUAGUACAAUACUUAUACCAUUAUUAUUAAAAGCUGAUUAUGCUAAAAGUCUUAUUGAAUGGAUAAAUACUUGUCAAACAAAAUUUCGAGAAGAGAAACAAAUUGCAUUGUUAUCUAUUCUAUUAAAUAUGAUUCGGCAUGAUGAAGGUAUUGAUAAAUUUCGUAGUCUUAAUACAUUAAAUGCUAUCCAACAUGUACCAAUCGAACCAUCUCAAUUAUUACAGCGCACUAUGAUUUAUAUACUUCUUACAGAUGUAAAUCAGAUAGAAUUAGAAUCAAUACCGAUUCUAAAUAUGCUUGUUCAAUUAAUUAUCGAUGCAGCUAAUAGUGCAAAUCAUCGUUAUGAUGGUUCACAUAUUUGUGAACCAUUAACAGUACUUACGAAACUAUUUUAUAAUGAUGAAAUAUUAAUUGAUAUUCUUAAUAAACCGAAAAUACAAUCAAUAUUAACACCUCAUUCAUUCAUUGAACUUUUUAUAUCAUUACUUAUAAAAUUCUAUGAAAAUCUAUCUGUUGAUCGUAGUGCAUUAGAAAAUUUUACAUGUACAUUAAUAUUAAAUAUUUUAUGGCUUAUUUCAUUUCAUCAAGAAUAUUAUCACAUAAUUUAUAAUAAUGAACAAUUAAUGAAUAUUAUCAAAAGUGCUGCAAAUAAUGAAAAACAUUUUAUCGAUACAUUUAUGCCACGAACAAUGAAAAAUAUUCAACAAGCAGCUAUUGAGAUUCUGAAAAAUUAUCAUGAAAAAUUUUGA